ACACUCAACUCGACAGCAACCUCCAGUCGUUGAUGAGAUCUUCUGAGCAUCUUCCAACUCUUGUGACAUCAAGUCCAACAACCGACCCACCUACUACCCCUAAGCCUUGCUCAUCGUUGUUCAAGGCUCUCUAUCAUCCAACCAUCCAGUGUACGAGAUCGCUGGUCCUAUCAAGCAGGUCCAGUGUUUGAACAAGGAGUAAUACACGACACAGCUCUUCUACUCUGAAACAUGUGCUUCUACGACCAGCACCGUUUUGUCUGUGGCGAUUGGAAGUGGGGCCAUUUCCGACAGCACUGCGCCAAAGAGUACCGAAUCGGCGAGACGUGUGGCAUGAAGCUCAUCAUGCAAACGGUUCCUACUGGCACAUAUUGCAAGCUCUGCGAGAAGAUCAACACCAAGAUGCGCCGCCGAGCCGCUGAGGUGGACCGUGUCGGCCGAUGGCAGCGCGAGGCUCACAAGUUCGCGGCCUCUAUUGAGAAAUCCAUGGAGAUGAUUCGCGCACUGGACGGGGAAAUCUGUGAGCUAACCAACGAGCGUAACCGCAGACUACAAGCGAUUCACUGAGCUCGGCGUGGACAUGGCGCAGGCGUCUGGGAGUUUUCGUUUCAUGUACAACGUCUUGGUAUUUCCUUUCAAAUUGAGCCCGUUCAACUUUCGUUUCGGGGGUCGACAUGAGGCAGGAAGAGCUGCUAUUGAAGGAAGAGGAGCGGCACAUGGAAGACCGGGCGUUACCUCUUACAAUCGCUUCUUUUCAGUCAUUGAGUCCUCUCAGGAUUGGACAAUUCAAUCAAUCUUUUU